AUGGCUAAUUCUAUGACAGAGGAACAGUAUGAUUUCAUUUGGAAAAUUGUACUAGUCGGAGACUCAGGAGUGGGUAAAACAAACCUGUUGUCAAGGUUUACCCGGAAUGAGUUCAACGCCGAAAGUAAAAGUACAAUAGGAGUGGAGUUUGCUACGAGGAACUUAACAAUAAAGGGAAAAACAGUGAGGGCACAAAUCUGGGAUACCGCAGGACAGGAGCGUUACAGAGCCAUUACAAGUGUAUAUUACAGAGGAGCUGUAGGGGCCCUCGUCGUGUAUGAUAUCACUAAGCCCCAGACGUUUGAGAAUCUCCACAAAUGGCUAGAGGAGCUAAAGGAGCAUGCUGACCCGUAUGUCUGUAUCAUGAUCGUGGGCAACAAAACUGACCUCAGGUCAACCCGAGCCAUUCAACAGGAACAGGGACGUCUAAAGGCUGAGGAAAACAAAUAUUCUUUUAUUGAAACUUCUGCUCUGGACUCAACAAAUGUUGGUGAAGCUUUUAACAAUCUAUUAGUGGAUAUUUUCAAAGUACAAGUUGAAGAUCAGAAUUUGGAUACGAAAGCCGCUGACAACACAUCAAGAAUUGUUCCAAAUUCCUCUGAGGAUCCAAGUCAGCAAGAAGAUGGUGUGCAGCAGUGUGGCUGUUGA